AUGUCGAAAACAGGAGGUUCUCGUUCUCGCCUGGCUCCUAACCCGACUGAGCAGAGUGUAUCAAGCGACAAGAUAACUGAAUCUAUGCCGAUGGGUGCAUCGUCAGACAGAUUACAGCAUUCGUCUCCUAAAUUUCCUUCUCGUAGAAGCAAAAUUUUAAGAGAAUUGGCCAAUGAUUCAAAAGAAUCUUCUCAUACGAAGUAUUAUAAGAAAACCAGGGAGAAGAAGGAGUUCGAACAAACAACCAGACAGGAGUUCCUCAGCUCUUCUGAGUCGCUGUCUGGGUCCUCAGACACCUUCGGGUGUAUCCACGGCCCGCAAGGCAAGGAGUACUCAGCGAAAGGAUUACUGAAGAGAAAUAUUGUGAAGAACUUGGAUCCUAUUCCUACGGAUCCGAAAUGGUCUGCUGAUUGCAUUUCAUCACUCAAGUGGGCUGUGGCACAGAAACUGGAGGAUUUGGUCAGCUAUCCCACCGUGGAGCAACAGAUAGGUCGCCUGCAAGAACUCCUCAAUAACAGUCGUUUGCCAGUCAGGAAGGAUGUUCUAUGUGCAGUAAUACAUAUCAUAAUCGAGGCCCUAGUAAAUAAGUUGUGUAUGAGUUACCAGCGCGUUGACACUCUAGGCAACCUCUGCUCAAUCUUAAAGUACUUAUUAGAGGCUGUAGUCCAGUUUCCUUGCCUGAAACCUGAGCUGGUGUCAUUAUUGAAGAACUUUAAUGGACCCAUUCUGUUGAUGAAGGCGUCGGAUGUGGUCACGUAUUUCGACAAGAUCAAGCAGUUCAUUGGGUUUAUGGGUUACCUUUUAAUAGAGCUACAAGAUGGCGACCUCUUGGAUGUGGUAGCUGCUGCCUUGCUCUGGCAUCUGUCGGCUCCAGACACGAUCAGAGGACAGGCAACGGUUCAACUGCGGCACUCGAUGGCUGCAGCAGCUCCCGUGCUUCUUCAGAGCACCGUCAGAAUGAUUGCAAUCGCCGAACCGCGUAGAUUCGCCAUAUUUUUGGAGAUCGCACUCCUUCUUGCCUUCGACACGGCGGAGAAUUGUAUAGAAAUGAUGAAGGAAAAUAUCUUAGAGAACUUGUUCUAUCGGUUCAAUCCUUAUUUCCCUGAACGAAAACUGGAAAGUUACGACAUUAGCCCUUUGGAUUGUCACGAUCCUAACGUGAAGUUAGGCGAGAGCACCGUCAACAUUACCACAACUAUGACAAUUCUACUUGUCCUUCUGAAAACUACUAAAGAUUAUUUGGACAAAAAUCCCAAGCUUGGAGCGCUGCUGCCGUGCCCGGAUUGCUGUGCUCAAAGAUGCUUCAUCUGGGCCUACCGGUACGAAUGUCGCGCUCGGGAGCAUCGACAUGAAAGAAUUACUCUAACCGUGAUCGCAGCAGCUCUAAUCAAGUGCUUCGGCGAGCGUUUAUUUCUCUUCUCUUCUGUGCUCAUGGCAGAUAUCGUGUCCCUCUCUGUUCUCACGGAGCUGCCUCCGAGGGACGAUUGGACUGCUACCGUCCACUUCACGACAGCUCAGCAAGAUGUUCAAUUUAAGAAGUUACUCAUCAACUUUGUUGUUGAUUUAUUAAAAACAUUCCCUUAUAAUAAAUUCAUGUUACAAUCUCGCUACUGGUUUGUCGGCAUCAUGAGUCUUGUAGACCCUGGGCUCAGCUCGCUGCGCGCGCACUGGUCGCCUCCUCUUUUCGCUGAACUACGAAAAACUGCUCUCCAAGCCCUAGUCUGCACGAUACCCUUGACUGAUCCUAAAUGCGUGAAGGAAUAUGGGCUUAUAAGGAGAAUAAUGUGGUACAUCGAAUGGUACUCGGAGAAUCCGUAUGAGAUAUCUAUUCUGUACUGGUGUGUCAGGCUGCUGCAGGCCGCAAUACAUCUCACUCGGAAACCUGAGCGAGAUCGAGCCAUCCGAGACCUCUUCGACACACAUGGGAUUGUUAUACUAAUCCAUCUCUGCCACACCCUCAUGGAACAGAAGUUACCGAUAGUGGAGAAAAGCCAGGCGGUCCUCGCCCUGUCGCUGCAGCUGCUGACCAGCUCCGUACACGUGAAGCAGAAGCUGUCCUGCUGCGUCUACCCUGACAUUAAAUGGCCCGUUUGUGUCAAUUUCCUUGCGAGGAAGAUGGUCGACGUCGUCUUAUAUUCACUGGAUCAAAAUUUCAUUAUAAGUGAUAGGUGGUUAGUAUCGCUAUUCAAUUUCAUUUGGGAAGCAAUCAUAUGGACGCCUGAGUACAGAACUCAUUUCGUAGCCACCGACGGCAUUUACAAGUUGCUGGAUAUUAUUACGAUGACUCGACCAGCAGUUCAAUGCAUCGCACUAGCCGUGGUGUGUGACAUCGCCCGCGCCGGCGGUGCAGUCGGCCAUCUGGUAUCGUGGCGAGCCAAUCUGAGAGCCUCUAAAGCGGUAACCCUCGAAUCUGAUCAGGAACUUAGAAACCCGAACGUGGUGGCACGCGGUGCAACAAUAGCGAGCCUGCUGGCAGCCGUAUUCCGUGAAGGUUGCCGGUCUACAGGAGUUAAACUGGACGAAUAUGGAGUGUUACAAAAUUUGGAUAAUCCAAUCAUGUCGGAAGAUGUUCGAGAAGAGCUGCAGAACACGGAUGUAUUUUACGGAAUCAGUCAUUCUCUUCCUUUUUGCUUGACCGCGCAGGACAUGGCUGGCUCGUGCAUGUCGAAGGUGAUAUUGGUACUUUGUUCGCAUUACUUGACGCUGAAGUUGAAUGAAGUGUGGUCGGAGACGAAGGUACAAUGCGUGGACAUGAUCACGAAGGACAAUGAAAUUCUCGAGGACUUCCUUGCUGUUGGCAAAGGCUGGGCCAAAGAAAUAAAGCGCCAGCAAGAAGAAGUAAUUGCAAGAGACCGAAAGAAGGAAAAGGAAGAAGAGCGUUCUUUGUACGCCUUCCUGAGUCGCAUUCGUCUGAACAUUGCACUGGACGCGCUGCACGCUGUGCGCUGCGUGGCGCGUUCCACGGACCGCGCGCGCAUCACGCAUGCCAUGCUGCAAGACGCCGUGCUUGCACACCAUCGGAGGUCGCUGCUAGCGGAGAAUAACAACACAACACUGUUGAGAACUUACAAGUCGCCUCUUGACGAUCAGAACAUGACUGGACAAAAUGUUAAGGUGAACAGCAUUUGUCCUAAACACAUACGGAAGUCUCUGGAACUUAAUAUGGGUGAAAAAAUUGUAGAGAAAAAGUAG